AUGCAACAGGGAGGAAGAUAGGAGUAGUGUGUGUGAUGCAACAGGGAGGAAGAUAGGAGUAGUGUGUGUGUGAUGCAACAGGGAGGAAGAUAGGAGUAGUGUGUGUGUGAUGCAACAGGGAGGAAGAUAGGAGUAGUGUGUGUGAUGCAACAGGGAGGAAGAUAGGAGUAGUGUGUGUGAUGCAACAGGGAGGAAGAUAGGAGUAGUGUGUGUGAUGCAACAGGGAGGAAGAUAGGAGUAGUGUGUGUGAUGCAACAGGGAGGAAGAUAGGAGUAGUGUGUGUGAUGCAACAGGGAGGAAGAUAGGAGUAGUGUGUGUGAUGCAACAGGGAGGAAGAUAGGAGUAGUGUGUGUGAUGCAACAGGGAGGAAGAUAGGAGUAGUGUGUGUGAUGCAACCGGGAGGAAGAUAGGAGUAGUGUGUGUGAUGCAACAGGGAUGGCAGUGACGUGUCAAGGCACAUAUGCCAUUUAAAAAGGCAGCUUCCUGCUUCACUCCCACCCCAGAGCAGGCAGUGGUUUCUGACACUACUUGCCACCGGCCCGGGCAAUAAAAAAUACAAUUAAAACCAGAAGAAUUGAUCGUUUAUGGCAGGCCUGGGCAACUCCAGUCCCCGGGAGAGUGAUUGGUGGUCACACUUUUACCCCCAGCCCCAGGUAACACACCUGACUCCAACAAUCAACUAAUAAUGAUCUUCAGUUAAAAAUGCAGUUUAAAUCAAUGUGUUUGCUAGAUGGGGUGGAUGGGGAGAAAGUGUGACACCAAUCAUGCCCCAGAGGACUGGAGUUGCCCAGGACUGAUUUAUGGAGUAGGUGUACUCCACCUUAAUUAUAUAGGCCUAUGGGUUACAACAUGACUUAUGAGUUAGGCUAUCAUUCAGCGUCGUAACCGACUUCACUGGGCAAAUGCUCACCUUCACUGGCGCGCUGGAGAAGUGUGCUCUUCAAAGAUGAAUCCCUUUUUCAAGAUGGCGUCGUGUGGGCGAGUGGUUUGCUGACGUCAACGUUGGGAACAGAGUGCCCCGUGGUGGUGGAGUUAUGGUACGGUCAGGCUUAAGCUAGGGACAACGAGCACAAUUGCAUUUUAUCGAUGGCAAUUUGAAUGCACAGAGAUACUGUGACUAGAUCCUGAAGCCCGUUGUCGUGCCAUUCAUCCGCCGCCAUCACCUCAUGUUUCAGCAUAAUGCACUGUCCAAUGUCGCAAGGAUAUGUACACAAUUCCUGGAAACUGAAAAUGUCCUAGUUCUUCCAUGGCCUUCAUACUCACCAGACAUGUCACCCAUUGAGCAUGUUUGGGAUGCUCUGGAUCGACAUGUACGGCAGCGUGUUCCAGUUCCUGCCAAAUUCCAGCAACUUCCCUCAGCCAUUGAAUAGGAGUUGAAGAGGAGUUGGGACAACAUUCCACAGGCCACAAUCAACAGCCUAAUCAACUCUAUGCGAAGAAGAUGUCACGCUGUAGGAGGCAAAUGGUGGUCACACCAGAAACUGACUGGUUUUCUCAUCCACACCCCUACUCUUUUUGUUAUUUAUUACCAACAGAUGCAUAUAUGUAUUCUCAGUCAUGUGAAAUCCAUAGAUUAGGGCCUAAUGAAUGUAUUUAAAUUGACAUAUUUCCUUAAAUGAACUGUAACUCAGUAAAAUCUUUGAAAUUGUUUCAUGUUUAAAUUCUAUCAUGGAAAUACAUGUAUUUCCUGUCACCGCGUCAUUUACAGUUUCUAUGCCUUUUAGUUUUCUAUGUAGACCAAUGCAUCGGUGAAAUUUGAAAAUCAUCUAAGGAUUGUUGUGUUUUUAGGAAGUGAUGUUCAUUCUUGUAGAAUCAUGUUCUUCCGUAUUGUUAUCGUGCUCUUAUCAAGUUGUUAACGUUCUUAGAAUAGUGUUGCAAAUAGUCUGGUAACUUUUCCAAAAAAUUCCCUGGUUUACCAGAAAUCCUGGUUGGAGGAUUCCCAUAUUUCCUGCUUUAUUCCCUUGCAAAUCCAGGAAUCAUACAACCAGAAUUUCUGGAAAACCAGGGAAUUUUUUGGUAAAGUUACCAGAAUUUUUGCAACCCUAUUCUUAGCUUUAUCUUUACAAAAUAGAAACGUGGAAAUAUUCUGGGGAUGAACAUGCCUCCUCUUCAAUAUGUACCCAUAGUUCCUCUUCACUGUAUUUAAUGAUACAAUAUGUACACAUAGUUCCUCUUCACUGUAUUUAAUGAUAUAAUAUGUACCCAUAGUUCCUCUUCACUGUAUUUAAUGAUAUAAUAUGUACCCAUAGUUCCUCUUCACUGUAUUUAAUGAUACAAUAUGUACCCAUAGUUCCUCUUCACUGUAUUUAAUGAUACAAUAUGUACCCAUAGUUCCUCUUCACUGUAUUUAAUGAUAUAAUAUGUACCCAUAGUUCCUCUUCACUGUAUUUAAUGAUACAAUAUGUACCCAUAGUUCCUCUUCACUGUAUUUAAUGAUACAAUAUGUACCCAUAGUUCCUCUUCACUGUAUUUAAUGAUACAAUAUGUACCCAUAGUUCCUCUUCACUGUAUUUAAUGAUACAAUAUGUACCCAUAGUUCCUCUUCACUGUAUUUAAUGAUACAAUAUGUACCCAUAGUUCCUCUUCACUGUAUUUAAUGAUACAAUAUGUACCCAUAGUUCCUCUUCACUGUAUUUAAUGAUACAAUAUGUACCCAUUGUUCCUCUUCACUGUAUUUAAUGAUACAAUAUGUACCCAUAGUUCCUCUUCACUGUAUUUAAUGAUACAAUAUGUUGUAAGUAAAAGCCCUUAGGUGGCGAGUUGAUACAAUUCCAAGGCUGAGAGGUUAAACCCCCCCCCCCCUCAGAUUUAUGAAGAUGUCAAACAUUCCUUUUUAUUCUGAGUUUUACUUGUCCAUAUAAAGUCUGUUAAAAUAAUGUCUUCGGUGGGGCAAUUGGUAUCACUGAAAAAUGCUGCUUCUCUGUGUGUUCAGUUCAUAAAAACGGUGUCACAGAGAGUCUGAGAAAGCAGUUAGCUUUAAAUAAUUUCCCUCUGUGCAGAUAAAUAUAGCCGGCCCCGUAGAAGGAGGACACAAUAGGAAGAUAUGAAAUUGGAUCUGUUGAAAUCAAACCCACUACAGCACAUGGACUGCGGCAGGUAGCCUAGUGGUUAGAGCGUUUGGCCAGUAACUGAAAGGUUGCUGGAUCGCAUCCGCGAGCUGAAAAGGUAAAAAUCUGUCAUUCUGCCCCUGAACAAGGCCAUUAACCCACUGUUCCCCUGAACAAGGCCAUUAACCCACUGUUCCCCUGAACAAGGCAGUUAACCCACUGUUCCCCUGAACAAGGCAGUUAACCCACUGUUCCCCUGAGCAAAGCCAUUAACCCACUGUUCCCCUGAGCAAGGUCGUUAACCCACUGUUCCCCUGAGCGAGGCAGUUAACUGGACUGGCCCUCUCUUUCUCUCUCUCUCUCUAUCUCUCUGUGUGGACUGGACUGGCCCUCUCUCUCUCUCUCUCUGUGUGGACUGGACUGGCCCUCUGUCUCUUUGCCUGUCUCUCUCUCUGUCUCUCUCUCUGUCUCUCUGUCUGGCCCUCUCUCUCUCUGUGGGGACUAGCUCUGGCACAAUUCUAGGAUCAGCUUCUCUUCUGCCAAUCCUAACCAUCAAAUUGUAUUUGUCACUUGCACCGAAUACAACAGGUGUAGUUGACCUUAAAGUGAAAUGCUUACUUACAAGCCCUUAACCAACAAUGCAGUUUUAAGAAGAAAAUAAACUAAAAAUAAACUGAAGUAAAUAAAUAAAUAAAAAUAACAAUUCAUUAAGGAGCAACAAUAAAAUAACAGUAGCGAGGCCAUAUACAGGGGUACCGGUUAGUCGAGGUAAUAUGUACAUGGUGCUCCGGUACCGCUUGAGAGAACAGUCUAUGACCAGGGUGGCUGGAGUCUUUGACAAUUUUUAGGGUUCUUCCUCUGACACCACCUGGUAUAGACGUUCUGUAUGGCAGGAAGCUUGGCCCCAGUGAUGUACUGGGCCGUAUGUACUACCCUCUGUUGUGUCUUGCGGUCGGAGGGUGGGCAGUUGCCAUACCAGGCAGUGCAACAAGUCAGGAUGCUCUCGAUGGUGCAGCUGUAGAACUUUUUUGAGGAUCUGAGGACCCAUGCCAAAUCUUUUCAGUCUACUGAGGGGGAAUAGGCGUUGUCGGGCCUUCUUCAUGACUGUCUUGGUGUGUUUGGACCAUGAUAGUUUGUUGGUGAUGUGGACACCAAGGAACUUGAAGCCCCCGUCGAUGAGAAUGGCAUUGUCCUCGGUCUAACUCACUUUGGCUACGGACAACGUAGGUCUAACUCACUAACUCAAAGUGAUCACACAGUCGUCCGGAUUAGCUGAAGCUCUCGUGCAUGUUUCAGUGUUACGUGCCUCGAAGCGAACAUAGCAGUUAUUUAGCUCGUCUGGUAGGCUUGUGUCACUGGGCAGCUCUCAGCUGUUCUUCCCUUUGUAGUCUGUAGUAGUUUUCAAGCCCUGCCACAUCCGACGAGCAUCGGAGCCGGUGUAGAAUGAUUCAAUCUUAGCCCUGUAUUGACGCUUUACCUGUUUGAUGGUUCAUCAGAGGGCAUAGCGGGAUUUCUUAUAAGCUUCCAGUUUAGAGUCCCACUCCUUGAAAGGGGCAGCUCUACCCUUUAGCUCAGUGUGGAUGUUGCCAGUAAUCCAUGGCUUCUGGUUGGGGUAUGUACGUACAAUCACUGUGGGGACGAUGUCAUCAAUGCACUUAUUAAUGAAGCCAGUGAUUGAUGUGGUGUACUCCUCAAUGCCAUUGGAUGAGUCCCGGAACAUAUUCCAGUCUGUGCUAGCAUAACAGUCCUGUAGCUUAGCAUCUGCGUCAUCUGACCACUUCCAUAUUGAGCGAGUCACUGGUACUUCCUGCUUCGGUUUUUGCUUGAAAGCAGGAAUCAAGAGGAUAGAGUUAUCCAGUCCCCCUCCUCUCUUUCUCUCCCAGUCCCCCUCCUCUCUCUCUCUGUCCCCAUCCUCUCUCCCAGUCCCCCUCCUCUCUUUCUCUCUCCCAGUCCCCCUCCUCUCUCUCUCUCUGUCCCCCUCCUCUCUCUCUGUCCCCCUCCUCUCUCUCUGUCCCCAUCCUCUCUCUCUCUCUCUGUCCCCAUCCUCUCUCCCAGUCCCCCUCCUCUCUUUCUCUCUCCCAGUCCCCCUCCUCUCUUUCUCUCUCCCAGUCCCCCUCCCUCUCUCUCUCUGUCCCCCUCCUCUCUCUCUCUCUGUCCCCCUCCUCUCUCUCUCUCUGUCCCCCUCCUCUCUCUCUCUCUGUCCCCCUCCUCUCUCUCUCUCUGUCCCCAUCCUCUCUCUCUCUCUGUCCCCAUCCUCUCUCUCUCCCAGUCCCCCUCCUCUCUUUCUCUCUCCCAGUCCCCCUCUCUCUCUCUCUCUCUCUCUCUCUGUCCUCCUCCUCUCUCUCUCUCUCUCUCUCUCUGUCCUCCUCCUCCUCUCUCUCUGUCCUCCUCCUCUCUCUCUCUCUGAGAAUAAAUAGAAUAAAUAAAAAUGAGAAUCAAAAUUGUCAACGGGACAACAGUAACAACAAUAACCAAGGGUCACAAUAACCAGACACUGAACAAUAACAACAGUAACAACAGUAACCACAGUAACAACAGUAACAACAGUAACCAAGGGUCACAAUAACCAGACACUGAACAAUAACAAUAAGUAUACAGUAGAGGACAUGUGCAGGUUGAUUGGUCUGUCAGACACUGUCCCUCAACUUAUGGCAGGCAGCAAUGUAGUGCGCUGCCAACCCACAGCUCUCUGCGUCCUCCCCCAACAGGACGGGUAGCCUGUCCUCGUCAGAGAGGUCUUUGAAACCUUCAAUAAGGGUUUUAAAUUUGGGGAAAUGACACUCUCUCUAAUUGUUUUAUAUUGUUGACAUUUUGUCAGGAAAUGCAGCUCCGUCUCAGGUUCUGGCAAGGCCUUUCCUCUACAGGGAGCCAGGUUCUGCUGUGGUGCAGUGGUUGCACAGCCUUUCCUCUACAGGGAGACAGGUUCUGCUGUGGUGCAGUGGUUGCACAGCCUUUCCUCUACAGGGAGCCAGGUUCUGCUGUGGUGCAGUGGUUGCAAGGCCUUUCCUCUACAGGGAGACAGGUUCUGCUGUGGUGCAGUGGUUGCACAGCCUUUCCUCUACAGGGAGAAAGGUUCUGCUGUGGUGCAGUGGUUGCACAGCCUUUCCUCUACAGGAAGCCAGGUUCUGCUGUGGUGCAGUGGUUGCAAGGCCUUUCCUCUACAGGGAGACAGGUUCUGCUGUUAUGCAGUGGUUGCACAGCCUUUCCUCUACAGGGAGAAAGGUUCUGCUGUGGUGCAGUGGUUGCAAGCCCUUUCCUCUACAGGGAGCCAGGUUCUGCUGUGGUGCAGUGGUUGCACAGCCUUUCCUCUACAGGAAGCCAGGUUCUGCUGUGGUGCAGUGGUUGCAAGGCCUUUCCUCUACAGGGAGCCAGGUUCUGCUGUUAUGGAGUGGUUGCACAGCCUUUCCUCUACAGGGAGCCAGGUUCUGCUGUGGUGCAGUGGUUGCAAGGCCUUUCCUCUACAGGGAGACAGGUUCUGCUGUGGUGCAGUGGUUGCACAGCCUUUCCUCUACAGGGAGCCAGGUUCUGCUGUGGUGCAGUGGUUGCAAGGCCUUUCCUCUACAGGGAGACUGGUUCUGCUGUGGUGCAGUGGUUGCACAGCCUUUCCUCUACAGGAAGCCAGGUUCUGCAGUGGUUGCAAGGCCUUUCCUCUACAGGGAGACAGGUUAUGCUGUGGUGCAGUGGUUGCACAGCCUUUCCUCUACAGGGAGACAGGUUCUGCUGUGGUGCAGUGGUUGCACAGCCUUUCCUCUACAGGGAGCCAGGUCCUGCUGUGGUGCAGUGGUUGCACAGCCUUUCCUCUACAGGGAGCCAGGUUCUGCUGUGGUGCAGUGGUUGCACAGCCUUUCCUCUACAGGGAGCCAGGUUCUGCUGUGGUGCAGUGGUUGCACAGCCUUUCCUCUACAGGGAGCCAGGUUCUGCUGUGGUGCAGUGGUUGCACAGCCUUUCCUCUACAGGGAGCCAGGUUCUGCUGUGGUGCAGUGGUUGCAAGGCCUUUCCUCUACAGGGAGCCAGGUUCUGCUGUGGUGCAGUGGUUGCAAGGCCUUUCCUCUACAGGGAGACAGGUUCUGCUGUGGUGCAGUGGUUGCAAGGCCUUUCCUCUACAGGGAGACAGGUUCUGCUGUGGUGCAGUGGUUGCACAGCCUUUCCUCUUACAGGGAGCCAGGUUUUCCUGUGUCUACCCUUCUCAAUGUCAAGGUUUUUCUAAGGUUUUGAUCAGUAACCAUGGUCAAAUAGUUAUCCACGGUGUACUGUCGACUUAGGGCCAGAUAGCACUGCAUUUUGCUUUGUGAUUGUGUUUCUCAAUAGGUCAUGUGGUUUUGUUUUGACUGUGUUGUAAUUUGUUUCAUUCUGAUUGAUUGGAUGUUCUGGUCCGGAGGCUUCAGUGUGUUAGUAGAACAGGUUAGUGAACUCAGGACCAGCUGGUGAGGGGACUGUUUUCUUUGCUCAGCUCUUGGCAUUGCAGGGCUUGGUAAUGAUAUGAGAGGGGGUCACUGUGUUUUAGAUGUUUCCAAAACUGAAUUGCUCUUUUUUGAGUUUUUGUUAUUAGUGGAUAUUGGCCUAAUUCUGCCCUGCAUGCAUUGUUUGUAGUUUUCCUCUGGACAUGUAGGAGAAUCUUACAGAACUCUGCAUGCAGGGUUUCAAUGGGGUGUUUGUCCAAUUUGAUUAAAUCUUGUUUUGCAAGUGGACCCCACACCUCGCUGCCAUAAAGUACAAUUGGUUCAGUGACAUAUUCAAUUAGUUUUAGCCAAAUUUGAAUAGGUAUUUCAAUUUGAAUGAGCUUUUUAAUGGCGUGGAAUGCCCUGCCUGCUUUCUCUCUCAGUUCAUUCACUGCCUCAUUAAGGUGUCCAGUUGAGCUUAUUUUUAAACCUAAGUAAUUGUAGUGUGCAGUUCUCUAUAUAUUUUAUACCAAUUGAGAACAUUGGUCUAAUUCCCUGAGAUCUGGAUCUUCUCUGGAAAAUCAUUAUUUUAUUCUCUCUCUUCUCACUCACUCACUCACUCACUCACUCACUCACUCACACUCACUCACUGAACUAGAGAACCCAUGCUGGGUUUCAGGGGGAGUUCUAGGGUUUUCUGGGAAUUAUGAGGUGACCGUGAUGAAUUGUGCCCCUCACCAUAUGCACAUAUGCAGACCCACACAUGAAAAUUAGCAGUAACACACACACAUCACACACAUACUGAAUGAAAUGUCAUGGCAACUCUGAUAACGGUGGUAUGACCUUAGUAGGGCCUGAUAAGCCCAUCAUACACGUCCUCUCUCUGUGUGAGAGGGAGGGACAACAACAAACAGGCAUAUCUGUUAUAUAGCAGCUCCGGAUAGAACACAGACUGAGAUCUAGCACCCACCUGUCACAGACUGAGAUCUAGAACCCAUCUGUCACAGACUGAGAUCUAGAACCCACCUGUCACAGACUGAGAUCUAGAACCCAUCUGUCACAGACUGAGAUCUAGAACCCACCUGUCACAGACUGAGAUCUAGAACCCACCUGUCACAGACUGAGAUCUAGAACCCACCUGUCACAGACUGAGAUCUAGAACCCACCUGUCACAGACUGAGAUCUAGAACCCACCUGUCACAGCCUGAGAUCUAGAACCCGCCUGUCACAGACUGAGAUCUAGAACCCAUCUGUCACAGACUGAGAUCUAGAACCCACCUGUCACAGACUGAGAUCUAGAACCCACCUGUCACAGACUGAGAUCUAGAACCCACCUGUCACAGACUGAGAUCUAGAACCCACCUGUCACAGACUGAGAUCUAGAACCCACCUGUCACAGACUGAGAUCUAGAACCCACCUGUCACAGACUGAGAUCUAGAACCCACCUGUCACAGACUGAGAUCUAGAACCCACCUGUCACAGACUGAGAUCUAGCACCCACCUGUCACAGACUGAGAUCUAGAACCCACCUGUCACAGACUGAGAUCUAGAACCCACCUGUCACAGACUGAGAUCUAGAACCCAUCUGUCACAGACUGAGAUCUAGAACCCACCUGUCACAGACUGAGAUCUAGAACCCA